AUGUACUCCUGGCACUCUGACCGCUCUGAAACGUUUACUCUUAAUCCACUUCCAUCACGCAAUUAUAGCCCCUAUGACAUCUGUGUCGGAAGUAUCCCAAUUGAUCUUAGCACACACGAAAAAUCUCUGAUCGCUAUGAUUUGCUUACUUGCGAGUUGUCACUGUAUGCCUAGGUCUCGGUCUCUCUUAUCAACUUCGGCAACAGAUUGCCGACGGGGAGGCCCGAGGGGGGCCUUCCGCAGAACAACAGCCGCAAUCGACCACGAUGAUUCGCCCGUCUGCCGGUCGAUGGAUUUGUCAGAGAGGGGGAGCAACGCUUAUCGGCACGUGAUCGCCUCCGGGGUCCUGAAAGAGUAAGUCGCGGUUCUUCCUCGGCCAUUUGAUUGAUUUCAACUUUCUUUCGGUUCUUGGAAGCUAUUUUCGGGUGACCCUGACUCGUGAGAGACGUUCGUUUUUGAUGGCGCCAAAGCGGACUCCCACGGAGACGUCCCCGUUGUUGAGUGAGAGCAACGGGCACGGCACUGCGUCGAACGGGGCGAUUGUCGACCACGAUGCGGAGUCGGGGGAGCCAGGACAGUCGGCGGAAGAGCAGGGGAAGGAGCCAUUUCCUGAUGCGAAGAAGCAGCUCAAAUACAUUCUUCCUGCUAUCUCGAUAGGUAUUUUCCUGUCUGCGGCGGAUCAGACCAUUAUCAUGGCCAGUUAUGGUCAGAUUGGAAGCGAUCUUAAGGCUCUCAAUCUAACCAGCUGGAUUGCGACAUCGUACUUUUUGACUUUGACUUCCUUCCAGCCGUUGUAUGGAAAGCUGAGCGAUAUUUUUGGCCGGAAGCCCUGCCUUCUUUUCGCGUAUGCCAUUUUUGGUCUUGGAUGCUUGUUCUGCGGGCUGGCUCGUAAUAUUAAUGAGCUGAUUGCUGCACGUGUAUUCCAGGGCAUUGGCGGUGGAGGUAUGACUACGGUGGUUAGUAUAUUGAUGAGUGACAUCGUUCCCUUGCGAGAUCGAGGGCUAUGGCAAGGCAUUAUCAACAUCAUCUAUGCCACUGGGUCUGGAAUCGGCGCACCCCUCGGUGGAAUCUUGGCCGAUUAUAUCGGGUGGCGCUGGGCAUUUCUUGCGCAGUUCCCCAUGUGUAUCCUUGCUUUUAUUGCCGUCUCAUUCAUGCUCAAGCUGCCAGCUCAGGAGAAUUCGCAUUGGAAGGACAAGCUUCGCCGCAUUGAUUUCCUCGGCGCAGUUGUCCUGAUCGGUGCAAUACUAGGCUUCUUGCUUGGUCUGGACCGCGGAAGCAAUGUCUCAUGGACUCUACCGCUGACGGUCGCCUCACUGAGUGUUUCGGUGGUUCUCUUCAUUGCCUUCAUUUUGGUCGAGAUCUACCUCGCAGCCGAGCCUUUCGCCCCAGGCCACAUUAUCUUCAACAGGACAUUCUUUGCCCUCUACGGCUGCAAUUUCUUCAGCUUUGGAGGGUGGCUUGCCGCAUUGUUCUAUAUUCCGCUCUAUUUCCAGGCUGUUCAUGGCGUCUCGGCCACGAUUGCUGGCCUGCGCCUUCUGCCAUGCAUCCUGGCUGGUGUUUCCGGCUCCCUCUUUUCUGGAUUCGUCAUGAGAUCGACCGGGAAGUAUUAUUGGCUGACUAUUAUUGCUUAUUCCCUCCUGACAACCGGUUGCUUCACCAUUUACAUGUUCUCGGGCGGUGUUGUGGCCAGCGUGAUUCCCAUGAUCCUCGGUACGGUCAUGUCGGCAUUCGGCAAUGGCAUCGGUGUCACGACGACUUUGGUCGGAUUGAUAUCGAACGCAACUCAUGAGGAUCAAGCAGUCGUAACUGCUUGUUCUUAUCUCUUCCGAUCUCUCGGAUCCGUUAUUGGCCUGUCUUUAUCCUCGACCAUUGUUCAGCAACUUUUGCGAGAGGGGUUAAGAGAGGGGUUGCGAGACAGCAAGGAUAUUGAUCAGAUCGUAAACGGAGUACGAGAAAGUCUCGACUAUAUCAAGAAGUUGGAUCCAGAAAUUGCGAGUAUCGUGCGUGGCUGCUACGGGUCAUCCGUCAAUCAGGGCUUCGCAUUCAUGGUCGUCGUGGUGUUUUUUGCAUUGUUCAGCGCCUUUUUUAUGCGGGAAGCCAAGCUCACCCGCUAAAUGGCCCUCGAGGCUGAUUUACUGGUGGUUUUUGGGUUGAAAGGAAACUAUUGCGCUGCAUGAUAGUUAUGCCGCAUGGUUGAUGAAGGUAUGAAAAAUUGCAUAGGAAGUGAUGGACUUAGAUUGAAGAUGCAGCCUCCAUGUAGCUGCAGGCCAAAGAUUAUAGAUCAAAAAUUUCAAAGAUUUAAGCAUAACUGCGAGCAUUUAAAAUACACGGCCA